AUGUCUCAGCCAGCUUCGCAGCGUAUCGGAACUCGUCCUAAAAAUGCAACCCAACAUCCAGGACACAUUGUGCUCGAGGCCGAGGGUCGUGCAAAAAGACGCAGCAAAGCUCAAAUGAUUGCUGACCGGCAGCGCAAGCUCGAGGAAAAAGAGGCAAGUGAACAAGCUAUACAGCAAGGGCAUCAGCAUAUAGCAACUCUCCAGGAACAGAUGGCAACAGAUCAAGCUGCUGCACGUGUCGACGCACCGAAGCCUAAACGUCCCCGCGCUCGCCCCAUAAAAAAGGGAGUGAAGCCCUCAGCGACCUCUGAAUUGAGUAUGGCUAAUGGGGAGGCAGGUGCAGAGGUCGCUGCUGAUAAGGUUGUUGGCGCCAAGGGCAAGCGUGGUGGGUCUGGAGGUUUGUUGGCAGCCGGUGCUAACAUCGAAAACCCUGCAAGCGACGAGGAAUUAGAUGCACAACCUGUGAAGGACAAAAGCAAUAAGAAAGCAUUGAAGACGCCAGUGAGAGAUGCAAUUCAAGCGGUAGCAGGCGCUGAGAGCCUUAUCGAUCCAUCAACAAGGGCACGUGAUGGUGAUAUCCAUCAGAUGUCUGUCGCCAAGGCCCAAAUACCCGCCAAAAAGUUCAACCUCGCUGGGCGUAUUCCAGAUUGGAGGUCAAACCUUCUCCAGCGGUCUACCAAUUCUAGUUCAGCCCCCUCCUCUAGGUCUACCAAGGGGGGCACUGUUAGCGAGCGGUCUAUCACUUCUAGUUCCGCCCCCUCCUCUAGGCUUACCAAGGGGAGCACUGUUAGCUAUAAUAGUGCACCCCCACUCACUCCUCAAGGUACUUCCGAUCCUAAUGAUGGCGCAAUAAUUCGACACUCGCACCUAUAUGAAGACGAGGAGGACGAUGAUGAAUCGAAUGAGUACGGCUUUGCUAGUGGGGCACAAGUCAAGGCUUCCGCGGGUACAAAUGUUAAGAUAACUCCCAUUGCUCUCGACGACAAGGAGGAGCCACAGAAUACGGCACAACAUGCUGCAAUUCCGAUGCCUGAGGAGCUUGAUGUCAUUGGAAAUGACAACACUGAUGACUUCAUCAUGCUUUCGGAUUCGGAAGAGGAUGUUCAGCCCCAUCCUCCUGCACGCCGCAUCCCCCUAGUGAACUACGCAUCCAAUUCAGACACUGAUUUUGAGACUCCUCUUUCGGGGCAGGCCUCCCCCGCAGAUCAGGAUGCUGAUAUUGAGUUUCCUGUCCCUCGCCCAGCCUCCCUCCGCAAACUCACAGAAGAAGAUUUACUCUCCCCGUCAUCUGAGGUUGAAGUGUUGGCUGUAGUGAAGAAAGAACCUGAAGCAGUAACACUACGACAGACUUCUGCAACCGGUAUCACUGUCAAGCCAAAAGCUCCUGCAACGAAGAGGUUGAAGUCCUCUGCUGCAAGUGCAGCCUCUCGCACAAGCAUCACGCCCUCCCAGGCAACAGAGACGCCACCGAUCGUGCUCUCUCGAUCUCAGUACAGAAUGAAGCAUCUUCCUGGAGUUUGUCAGACGUCGGGCAAGUGGAGUGGUGUGUUUAUCCCCACUUUGAUUUACUGCAUUGGCAAUCAAGACGAAGUCUGGGCCAUCAAAGACAGUCCCCUUAGCACUACUCUGCAACUAAUCUGGGAUGCCGUCUACAAAGCUGUCCCAUACACGGUCACCACUGACGGGCCUGUCAUUGCCGUGGCCCUUCAGCGGUUGUCAGAAUGGCGCAACAGCCUCGGCACCACUGCCCUUGUCGUAUUUGCAAACUUCCUUCACUCACAGUCUGAUCUUGAGACCGAUGAAGAUCACGAGGAAUUUUCCGCGUGCCUACUAAACAAGAGUGCCUUCUUGUUUGGGACAAUCAAGGAGGACGGUAGUAAGCACACGGAGCCAUUCCAAUCUGACCUUAUCAUGCAGGUGCUUGCACAGCAUCACUGUGCCAUUUCUGGUGCUCUCGCUGUUGUGCCAGGGAUUACAACAUUGGGACAUGCAAAGGGGGCACUUGCCCUUGCCACUUCGGCGAUGGAACGCGCAAUCACACUUUUUGCCAGGGAGGGCUUUCUUUUAAGUCACAUCGAAAUCAACAGCCAAGGAAAGGCUUCCAAGGCCCCCCAGAAGCACAACAAAUCAACGGGUAACGAGAGUAGCGCUCUUUUGGCUUUUUCUGAUGCCAAUUGGGGUGCACCCACUAAGUCGUACAUUAAAUCCAUCACCCGCGCAGGAGACUUGGUCAUUAGCAAGAUGUGGGAGAGAGCUCAGAACCUCACCACAAAGAGGCAUGGUGUGUGA